GCGGGAAGGCGGCGGCGCUGACGGGCGGCGGAGGAGCGGGGCCGGCGCUGAGGAACUGGAGAAAUGGCCACUACACAAUCUGUCUUCACAUUUGCUCUCUGCAUUUUAAUGAUAACUGAAUUAAUACUGGCUACAGAGAGCUAUUAUGAUAUCUUAGGAGUUCCAAAAAAUGCAUCUGACCGCCAGAUUAAGAAGGCAUUUCACAAGCUGGCUAUGAAAUACCACCCAGACAAAAAUAAGAGUCCCGGAGCAGAAGCAAAAUUUAGAGAAAUUGCUGAAGCAUAUGAAACAUUGUCAGAUGAGAAUAAACGAAGAGAAUAUGAUCAACUUGGCCGUCAUGGAGGAAAAGGAAGUAAUGGAAACCCGUUCCAUCAGUCAUUUAACUUCAACUUUGACGAUCUGUUCAAAGACUUUGACCUAUUUAGUCAAAACUCACGGUCAAAAAAGCACUUUGAAAAUCACUUCCGGAGUCAUCGGGAGGCUCAUAAUCGGCAAAGACGUUCUUUCCAGGAGUUUUCGUUUGGAGGUGGACUGUUUGAUGAUGUGUUUGAAAAUAUGGAAAAGAUGUUUUCGUUCAGUGACUUUGAAAAUGCACACAGACACGCCGUGCGAACUGAUGCCAGGUUUCAUGGAUCCAGCAAGCACUGCAGGACUGUCACUCAGAGACGAGGAAACAUGGUUACCACAUACACUGACUGUUCUGGACAAUAAUGUUUCCUUUCUUCUAAACUUUUAUUCUUUUCUCAACAUCUUCAUAACCUUUCUAGGUUUUGUUCUAACAUGGAAGAAAUUCUCUGAACUGUGUUUUCUAAAAAACACUUAAGCUAUUAUAAAGAAAUUGUAGAUGAAACUAAUUUUCAGAAUAGAAACAGUAUGCUGUUGGGAAGUAAAUGUGUCAACAACUGCUUAUAAUGGGAGAGAAAUAAUCUCAUGUGACAGAAAAAAUUAUAUGUAUUUCAAUUUAGUAAAACUUUCCCUAAAUUUGAGCACAAGAUAUAUAUUUUUCAUUUCAGAAGCAUAGUAUAAUUUUUUCGUAUAAGCCAGUUCAGGACUGAUUGAAUUACUGGUGUGUGGAUUGAAGCAGAGGAGGUACUUUAAUUUUGAUGUGCUACUUUUUUAUUUUAAUAAUUUCUUUCCAAGUUUGCACUUGCAGUUUUUACCUGAUAUAGAUUUACAGUGCAAAUUACAAAAUUUACAAAAAAAUAGAAAUAUGACUUCCCUGGGUCUUUGUUACUCUCUCUAGCAUUGCAAAAGUAUUACAAGUAUUACUAAAACCCUUACUUUUUGAAGUUGGAAAAUAACGAGGGGAAUAUGUUAAGAAUGUGAGUGAUGUAGGAAUUAGUUUUAUUUCUGAAUUGGUCUGAAGGGAUCUUAGGAUUUGAAUAACCCUUGACUUACUUAGGGGGUAUAGGGAUAUUCAUGUAUGUAAGUUUGUGUGCACACAAGGUUUUUGUUUUGGUUUUUUUUCCCCCCACCUUCUACAAUACAAAUAUCUCUCAAACAAGGUUUGGAAGGGCACACCCAAGACACUCUUGUUUUAUGCUUACUAUAUUACCGCGUGUGCAAUGUACUUUUUAUAACUCACUUUAUUGAGCUAAAAUUCCCCUCUGAGAUCUUAGGAACUUCAAUAAGAUAAGCUUGCCUACAGAUUUGUGUGUUCUGAAAGGGUCUAAGUAAAAGCUACAGUGUUUAGAUUGACAGAUUUAUUACCUGUCGGCAGGAAUUUUUCAGCAUUGUGAUUUGAAAGGUAAAUUCUUACCCUAACCACAGAGUAAAACUGAAAAUUACAGUCUUGUAUUCAUCCAAUGCCUUGUGGGGCUGGAAACUGCUAAUAAGGGUAGUACUAAUGGGUAUUGAUUUCAGCACCAUGGAAACCCACAACCAGUGUGAACUACUUAAAACUAAAAAGGAAGGAAAAUCACCAGAAAAUGCCACACAACAAAACCCCCAAAUACUUUCACUGAUGUCAAUCAGAAAGUUCUGUUCUAACUCUUUUAACUAGUCAUACAGGUUCAGUAUGUUAAAUUGGCUGUCCCUUUAGAGCUUGGAGGUAAGAAUUUCUUUCAGGUUGAUUGCAUGAGCAAAAUAAGCCUUUUAACUAGCAGUGUUCUAACCAGAAUUGAGUUUUUAAAAUCUUUAAUAAGAGAUUUAACCCAUUGCUUCUUGGAUGGAUAUUGAAAGCUGCCUAUUUGCUAAGGAACUUUAGCCUUCCCCUCAAGCAUUCGUAUUAUUGCUCGUUCUGUUUUCAUUGCCUAAUCCUUGGAAUGGAUUGUCACGUUAUAUUAAGUGCUUUUCCUUUCCUGUGUUCUUCUUUAUUUAUUAAUAGACUAAUACCUCAUAUAUGGUCUUUGUUAAAAGCCAGUAAUUUGUGCAACAUUAUCGGAAUGUGCAAUAUUCUUAUAGUAGGAAAAGUGCUGGAUCGAGUGUGUUUGUUUUUUUCACCCUUUCUCUGUGUAAGUAGAGAUUUUGUUUCUUCUGUAUAAGUUAAUAUGAGUCAAGCGAAAGUUCUACUUUACUUUGCGUAGAUUUCUGCAUUUAUUUUCUUUAACAUACUUCAUUAGUCCUGUGCAUGAGUCAGACUGUCUGCCCAAUUCAUAUCAUAUGGGCAUCCAAGUGAACAAAAUAUUAACAUAAAGUUGUGAAUUGCUUUCUCUCAUGAAGAGUAUUAAACAUGAGAGUAUUUGUGAGUAUCCUUUGGUGGGAGGCAAAGGUAAAAUAAUAAUGCCUUUCUUAGUCUAGUGAAUAUUUUCUUAAGUAAAAAAACCUGGAAAUAUUAGAAUGAACAAUUUGCUUGGGUCCCUUCUGGAACUCUGAAUUAGAGGGAAUGAAAGGUAAAAUGAACACCGUAAAUUGUAGGAAAACACAUUUCACACCAAAAACUCAAGUCAUUUAAGUGACUGUGCAAGUUCACAAUCUUUCGAGCUAAACUUUUAGAUGAAAAUAAGGGUCCUGGCUACUAGACAAGUUUCAUCUCUUUAAGAAUGCUCCAAACUUAGUACAAUGUGUACUUGUUUCCCUGAUCUCUUUAAAAUGAGUAUAAAACUGAUAAGAAAACCAGUAGUGUUGCUAUUUUUUUUAGCCGAUCCACCUUAAAAGAACUUCUGCCUAGUCUAUUUUUACUUGAUUUCACAUUAUUUCUCUUAAUUACUUGUCAUGGCAGAAACAACAAAUGCUUUCCAUUUUUUCUAUGGCUUCUCCAAGUCACUUUUCUGAUUGUUUUUGUUGUCAAUCCAAGGUCAAAUCCAAAGGAAAUUUUGUCAUGAGUGUUGCAGAAACCAGUAUAUGGCUGUCCCUGUGUUUUUCUAUGAUGGGUUUGCUUUGAAUAGACUUUAGCUGGGGAAAUUCGGGCAGGCUUUCCUCAGCCAAGAGUCUUCACUUUCAUGGCCCUCAGAACACAAGCUUGCAAAACAUGUUGUGCUUCUCACUUAUUUGGAGCUCUUGCACAUUCUUUCCCUAUUUAUAGUGUUUGCUUCGUGGCAGGCUCCAGCGGAAGUCCUGGUAUAACCUUAUGACACCUCUGACUUCAGAGUUUCUUAAGUGCCAUCUUUGAUCUCUCUUUAAAUCUUAUGGAAAUACUCAACAAAACCAGUGAUAAGGGUGAAAAAUAAAAUCCUGAACAAUUUUUUGAAAGUAAAUUAUGCAUAUGUAACUCAAAAUUAUUUUGUUUCUAAAACUACAAAAAAAGUGUUUUUUCAUGUUUGUUUUCUUGCCAUUAUACUUCUGAAACACAGUAUCUAGUGGAGAUAAAAGUACUGUAAAGUUCAUUAGAGUGCCAUUACAUUAAACAUGUGAAAAUUAA